AGUAUUGUGGGUGUCAGUGAGGAAGUAAAAUGGCGGACCUGGCAAACGAAGAGAAGCCUGCCAUAGCCCCACCUGUGUUUGUGUUCCAGGAAGAUAAAGCACAGAAGAGAUCAGCAGAAGGGUCCAGUGCUGAGGAUGGAGAAGACUCUGAUAAAGAUGAGAGUAGUUACUGUCCCCCGGCCAAGAGAGAAAGAACAUCAUCACUAACACAGUUCCCACCCGCACAUUCAGUUUCUAAGAACAAUGUGUUCAUGCCAUCCAGUUUCUGUCAGUCCCCGUCAGGAAAUAAUUCAGAUUCAGAACCUGAGGAGAAGACUGUUGGGUUUCGCUUGAAGCCUCCCACCCUGAUCCAUGGACAGGCUCCUCGUACAGGUGUCCCGAGCCAGAAGCCCAAGGAGCAGCAGCGCAGCGUACUACGACCCGCAGUACUGCAGGCCCCUCCACCUAGCAAAUCACUAACCCUGACCGGUUUGAACAGUGGUACGAAUGGAGUGAACAGAUCGUCCGAGGGUCUGCCAGUCACCCAGAACAACACAGAGAACUGUGAUGGCUCCACAGACAAUAUGGCCAAGUCACAGGAGAAGAAAAGCGAGAGCGGUGAGAGCAGGAAUGGAGAGAGAACAGAUCCUCCUGUGGAAUCCACAUUUGUAUUUGGUCAGAAUGUCAGAGACAGAGCCAAGGUUGAGGGAAGCAGUGAAAAGAAAGUCUCUCUGUCAGCAGAAUCAGGGGAAACCAAUUAUUUCCUACAGUACAGAAGCACUCCUGGCUUACAGAAGGCUGAGAACAACACUGACGACGGGGCUAAGUUUGUGUUUGGACAGAACAUGUCGGAUCGUGUCCUGAGUCCGCUGAAAUGUGAGCAGGCAGCAGAGAGCAGCAGAGAUCCCCCUGCCACCCCGCCAUGUGAGCCACCCUCACUGGUCAGCAGCCCAGACAAAGAUACCAAUGUGACAGAGUCUUUGGAGGAGUCGGCAGCGGCCUACACCAAAGCCACAGCCAAGAAGUGCUUGUUAGAGAAGGUAGAGGUCAGAACUGGAGAGGAGUCGGAGAGUAAUGUACUACAGGUCCAAUGCAAGUUGUUUGUGUUUGACAAAGCAUCCCAGUCUUGGGUGGAGAGAGGCAGAGGACUACUGAGGCUUAAUGAUAUGGCCUCCACAGAGGAGGGAUCGUUACAGUCCAGGCUAGUGAUGAGGACCCAGGGCAGUUUGCGUCUGAUCCUCAACACCAAGCUGUGGCCCCAAAUGCAGACGGACAAGGCCAGCGAGAAGAGCGUCCGCAUCACAGCCAUGGACACUGAGGACCAGGGGGUCAAGGUCUUCCUCAUAUCGGCAAGCUCUAAGGACACGGGUCAGCUGUACGCAGCGCUGCAUCACCGUAUCCUGGCACUUCGGAGCCGCUCAGAACAGGAGCCAGAGCCCCGGGUCCCCAUUCCAGACGGCCACAUCCCUCACCCCCAGUCUAACGAGGAGGAUAGUGAUGAGGACGAAUCGCUCACACCCACUGCCAACAUCGCAGAGGGUCCAGAGGUCCAGGCCAGCGGGAGUGGGUCCUCAUAGCGCCUGCCCCCCUCCACACGCUGCAGUCAGGACCCCUACAGGCACCUCAGUCCAGCAUUUCCCCAAUGGUCAGAGGUCACAGUGGAAUAC